UUAUCAAACUUUGGAGGAAACUAUUCAUCGGCACAAGAGAAUAUCGAUUUAAAUUCGAAAUCAAACGGACAACAAUUUCCAUACACUUUUAACAACAACGUUAUGAAUAAUCUAAUGUCUUCAAGUCAGUCAUCAAUUCAAAGUUCUACAAUGCAACAACCCUUACUUCAGUUCAAACCAAUAAAUAUCGUUGCUCAACAAAAUGCGAAUUAUAACAGCGAGGAGUCGUUUUUGCAACAAAAUAACUCAGCGACGAUUAAUAAUUCUCAACAGCAUCUUCAAUCAAUGCCACUUUUGAACGCGGAUUUGCUGAUAACCCCAAAUUCUAAACCCUCGGGACAAGGUAUUACCGGAAGCUAUAAUUUACGAUCCUUUUCAUUUCCGCCUUAUGGUGUAAUCAACAACUUUGCGAAUUUGAGAAAGACAUCGAAUAGCACAACCCAAUAUCGUCAACCAACGCCACCUUUGUUUCAUCAACGUAGUAAUGGAUCGCAUAAAUUCCAUAACUUGGGAAAUAAUUCUUUGUAUGUGAAUAGUAAUCCACCAACGCCUGUGGAUCUUCCUAUGGUUCCAACGGUGCAUCCAUCCACGUCUCAAUAUCAUUCACUUAUUGGAAACAAUAGAAAUUGUUCAAAUUCCAUUAUUGGUCCUAAUUAUAAUAAUAAUGCUGCUGGAACUAGUAGUAUUUUAGUUUGUCAACCAGCCAGUUAG